ACCAACCCCCUCCCCUGAAAGAAAAGAUCUCGCACUCGAAGCAGAGAGGAGCUAGGAGAGAGUUUGAUUAGCUAGCGAGAAGAUAGGCAUCCCCUUCAUGGCUGGCCUGAGCGUUCUCCUAGAGACCCAGGAGAGCAACUCCAUCAAGGCCAAGAUCAUCAGCAAGGCCACCCUCCAUAGCCCCAAGAUCUCCUCAUCCCCUUGGUCACCGGCAGCGAGGCCCACCGCAAGCACGGGUUCCUUCUUGCAGCGCUGCUUGCUGUGCCACAAGGAUCUAGCCGAGAACAAUGACAUCUACAUGUACAGAGGUGACAAGGCGUUCUGCAGCGUGGAGUGCCGGUGCAGGCAGAUCUUCAUCGACGAGGACGCCGGCAGCAGCUUCUGCGCCAAGGGCGCCUCCACCGCCGCCGUGCGGUCCGGCCGCCGCGCCACUGCCACCGGCGGCGGCGUGAGCUUCGCGUACUGAUGUGCUACCUCCAACACCAAGCAACCGGAUGCACGUAGUGCUAGCACGUAACGUACGUGUGCAAAAGCAAGAAGAAAAGAAAAGAGAGCUGUUUAAAGAAUGGAGUUAAGUACCGCCGUUAUGUGACAGCUCGUCGGCGGGGGCCCACAAGCGACGGGGAGCGUACGUGUCUCAUGGCCGUACCUAACGGAUAAGAUGGCCGGACAGCUGGCCCCACCUGACGCGGAGCAGGAUCCAGAAAACUGACGACACUUUUUUUAUUCUUUAUUAUCAUAUAUCACGUCUCUCCUCUCUUCGGUGGGGAUUAGCUUCUGCGCGAAGAUCAACUACUCCCUCCGUUCCGAAAUACAUGAUGUUUUACGGCUGCA